GAUACUGCCGAGGAUCUACCAUGAGGGCAUGCUGGGUGUGGCUCGCGGUGGCGGUGGCGCUGGUGGUGAGCGUGGGCGUCACAGAAGGGCGGCGCGGACGCGGGCGGGCCAAGGGCGGCCGGAAGAACACGGGCAGUCGUGGUGGCAUCAUCAGGUACAAAUCCGAAGACAGCAAAGCCUACUACAACCAUGACGACGGUGCUAAGAUCACGUUAUGGUCCCACUUCGAGUCCGAAUACUUGCUGGGGAGGAAAAUAGUGUUCAUGUGCGUGGCCACGGGGAAUCCGCGGCCGCACAUCACCUGGUACAAGAACGGCAUUGAACUAUACGCCCACUCAUUCUUCCAAGUGCACGAGUGGAACGAGGACGACAACACGAUUAAGAGCAAGAUGGAGAUCGAUCCCGCCACGCAGAUGGACGCGGGCUACUACGAAUGCCAGGCGGACAACAAGUACGCCGUGGACGUUAAGGGCUUCAGGACGGACUACCUCAUCGUGUUUGAUUGAGCCCCGAGGCCCCGCGCGCCCGGUCGCCUGCCUCCUCCUCGCCUUCGGCCUUGCCAGGAGAAAGUCUCAGCCCGUUCAUCACUUGACGUCGGUUACAACCAGGGUGGCGAUGAGUGUGGUGGCAGACACGUUGGGGAGUCUCGCGGUUGACGGUUGGAUGUUGAUCCUUGACGGGACUAAGGGAAACGGAAACACAUAUAGACUGUGAUGGUGUUCUACGUAGAGAAAAUGUCGUGUUCAGAUUCUGUCUGUCCAUCGGCUACAAAAUUACAUGGUCGAGAUGUUUUGUUCAAAAUGUUGGCUGUAUAAUCAACGGAAAAAGGCUGCGGUUGUUAGGAUAUCAGGUCAGUACAAAUAAUGCAAGUCUACACUAACAGUUCGAUAUGAUUACUGGUGUAUGCAUCGACCUCUUCACAGGUGGUGACGUCGUGGCCAGGAAUGUUCACCUUGGCCUUCGUUCCAGUCACAGAUAGGGAGUCUGAGUGCAGUACGCACUGUCAAUUUGCGAAGGAGAAUGUAGUAUAAUGAGAUGUGUUUAGAGGACUAUCGUAUGACGGUCAGAUCUGUGGUGACUGAUUCCUGUCAGGACACACGUGGGGUCGAGACCACCGUAGAUUAUCAAUAUCGUUUAGAAUAGAAAAUUGUCCAUAAGAGUACUAUUCAUCUGCAUUAUAGCUCUCGAAUUCACUGUUAUAUUAUUCAUAGAGUGAGUGCAAAAGAGUAGAAUAGGAAUCCUAGUAAUCACAUAAGCGGACGAAACUGAACAAGACUUGAGAGGAGUUUGAGAAGUCUAAGCGUGCAAGUUUUUCGGGCGAGGCGUGCAGCCGAGGGCAAAACAGUUGACGGCUAAAUCGAGUACAACUUUCAGGUAAAGAGUUCUUCAUGGCACAAACGCAGACUGAGAAAGGGCACAGGAACCGAGCUGGAAGCUAAAAUAGUUUGGCCAAGAGUCCGUUGCGUCUUACCAUUGGCAAAUGCGGCCUGGGUGUCGAAGGAUAGAAGAUGGUUUCCGUUAAGAGAGCAAUGCGUGAAAGCGUUCGGUGAUUUGCUUAAACCUGUAAUCAGUCACUGUAGCACAAAUAUCACUAUAAAAUGCCAUUCAAUCAGUAUUAAUUGUUAGAGCAGGUAUACUGACGAUGUAGGACACGCAACUGUAUGCACCAAGCUAAGGAAACUCCACCAUCCACUUGAUAGCCGGCACGUUUAUCUCCUCCAGACCCGCAGCAGCGCGUAGGAUAGAAUGGCUACACAAUCACCAGACACACCAGCACGCUCAACCUGAUCCCGUCCAGCACUAGCGAGCUUCCCUUCAGUUGUAGCAAACCUCGACGUCAACCCACAUGGGGAAACCUGCAGUUUUCUGGGUUCUGUUACGGCUGUCGAUGCACUUACCUCCUUGCACUCUCACUUCCCUUGCAACAUAACUUGGAUAACCACUCACCAAAACAAUCUAAUAUAAUUUACCUUGAAUUUUUCUCUGCCCCAAAAAGUGAAGGUUAACCUGAGAAGGCAUCCAAAAGCAAAAUUAAGUUUUUCUCUUCCUCAAACCAAGGGUACUGAUAAUAAAAUAAGGUACAGGCCACAUCUGAUCAUAUCAUUCACUGCAAUUGGUUAAACUAAGUUUAAAGGCUCUAACCUUUCAUUUUACGACCACGAAGAGUAUAACAAAUGCUUGGUUAAAUGUGUCUUUCAAGAUUCAUCUUAAACAUAUGCCUGUAUAUUGACGAAUUUAUCAAUGGUCGUUCUUUGCACUAAUCUACGGUAUCGUCAAGCCAAGCUUCAAGUUAAAUUUCAUAUGCAGAGAUCGUGUUUAAAAAAAGUAAAAUACAGAAGUUCCAAAAUUCCAGUGCCCAGGGGUUGACAAUGUAAUGUACAAAGCUCAAAGCUUCUGUGUUCCCUAGAGCGUGUGCGCUUUUAACGGAGAGAUAGGCAUGCCUUAAUCGGCUAUCAGUCCCUAGAAAGAUAUUAUUUUGAUGUUUUCCUUGGAGAACCACACAUAAUGCUCUUUUCACCGCAACACGACAGAGAACCAAAGUUCUUACUGUAGAGAGAGAUUAGGGUGUAGCAGAAUGUUUAAGCCAAGAUUAUGCAGGCGUGACAGAGGUGCGCGCAUCUUACCAAUGAACACAUAUACUUCAUAAAGAAUACUAUGUGCAUCAUAUGUAGAUAUAAGUAAAUGAAUACUAUUCAAUUAAUCCAAUUUUCAUAUCGUAUUUAUGAGAGAGAAAAUAUAUGCUGUAUCUGCAACGACUGUUGGACCAUAUGCAUGAGCAACAUGUUUGAAGAUGUUAAAGAAAAUCCUUAACUAUUCAUCGUACAGUCUCACCGUACUGAUACCAUUGGUUACACAAUAACCGAACACUGAGCAUGCGGCAAGGGAUGUUCUGCAAGUAUAUGUAUUUUAUGUAAACAAUCAGAAGAAAGUGU